AAUUAAAAAAGAAAGGAAAAAAAAAUGAAGUGGCAGCGCCCUGGCACAGUGCCUGUGCCUUCAGGCUGUGACCAGCAGCUGGUACUACAGUGACACUUUAUCUUGCAUGCUUCUCACCUGGAGCACAGGAUGGCCAUCCAUCAUCCUGGUUCGAAGGACAUGGCGUCGCCUGCACGAGCUGUGGGGUCAGCAUGGAUGGCAGUUUUGCCACUCAAAAGCCAGCCCAGCCCUGAAGGGGUAGGGAGACACACCCAGUUCUCAGGACCAGGGGAAGCUGGGUGACAGCCUCAUCCAUCAAUGACAGCCUCCGUCCAGCCAACUUUAUGGACUCGGCGGGUACUUAAGUCUGGAGAGUGCAGGUGGGCCCAGCUCUUCCUCAGUGCAGGCUGCUGCUCAGAGCAGGUAGGCAGGCAAGGGGUGGGGGUGACAAGGCCCUGGGCAUUGGGAGACCAGAUAAUCAGCUUCCAGUGCAAAGCCAAGGACAAGUGUUGGCACUGGGAUGGAGUUGGGGCUCUUAUCCUUGGCAGAUCAGGAUCUGGUUUCCCCAGCCCUGCAGGUGGAAGGGCUUGGGAAAGCCUUGUGCAUGAGCAUCCAGACCUCAGUCCUGCUGUGCCCGACUCCAUCUUGGCUUUAUCUAUGUACUGGAGUUGUGCAGGGGGUGGAGCUGAUGACCUUGGGGCAUCCUAGGCCCUUGUUUCUUUUCUUUGGUACCGGGGAUCGAACUUGGGUCCUUGCCCAUGUGCAGCAGGCAGGGAAACCACUGAGCUAAAUCCCCUGCCCAGGCCCUUGUCUCUUGACACUGGGAAGGCUGAGGGUGUGACCAGAGGUGAAGGGAGGUUGCCUAGGAGCUAAGCUUAGUGAUGGGAAGGCAAGCUAAGGAGAGGGACACCUCUGUGACCUCCCACCCCAGGCCUCAGCACUAUGACCGUUUCAUACACUCUCAAAGUGGCCGAGGCACGCUUCGGAGGCUUCUCUGGCCUGCUGCUCCGGUGGAGGGGAAGUAUCUACAAGCUCCUGUACAAGGAGUUUCUGUUGUUUGUCGCCCUCUACGUCUUGCUCAGCAUCACCUACCGGCUGCUGCUGACCCAGGAGCAGAGGCAUGUGUACGCUCAGGUGGCCCAAUACUGCAACCGCUCUGCGGACCUCAUCCCUUUGUCCUUUGUACUGGGUUUCUAUGUGACUCUGGUGGUGAACCGCUGGUGGUCCCAGUACACAAGCAUCCCGCUGCCAGACCAGUUGAUGUGCGUCAUCUCGGCCAGCGUGCACGGCGUGGACCAGCGCGGCCGCCUGCUGCGCCGCACCCUCAUCCGCUACGCCAACUUGGCAUCGGUGCUGGUGCUGCGCUCGGUGAGCACCCGCGUGCUCAAGCGCUUCCCCACAGUGGAGCACGUGGUGGACGCAGGUUUCAUGUCCCAGGAAGAGAGGAAAAAGUUCGACAGCCUGAAAUCCGACUUUAACAAGUACUGGGUCCCCUGCGUCUGGUUCACCAACCUGGCUGCCCAGGCCCGCAAGGAUGGACGCAUCCGCGACGACAUCGCCCUCUGUCUCCUUCUGGAAGAGCUGAACAAGUACCGUGCCAAGUGCAGCAUGCUGUUCCACUAUGACUGGAUCAGCAUCCCCCUCGUCUACACCCAAGUGGUGACUAUAGCUGUGUACUCUUUCUUUGCCCUCUCCUUGGUGGGCCGCCAGUUUGUGGAGCCAGAGGCAGGGGCUGGCAAACCUCAGGAGCCUCUGGAGCCAGGCCAGGAGCCAGUGCUGGCCCUGGGAGACCUGGACAUGUACGUGCCUCUCACGACACUGCUGCAGUUCUUCUUCUAUGCUGGCUGGCUCAAGGUGGCUGAACAGAUCAUCAACCCCUUUGGUGAGGAUGAUGAUGACUUUGAGACCAAUCAGCUCAUAGACCGAAACCUGCAGGUGUCCCUGCUAGCCGUGGAUGACAUGUACCUGAAUCUGCCCCCCGCCGAGAAAGACCCCUACUGGGACGAAGCUCAGCCGCAGCCGCCCUACACUGUGGCCACGGCAGCGGACUCGCUGAGGCCCUCCUUCCUGGGUUCCACCUUCAACCUGCGCAUGAGCGACGACCCAGAGCAGAGUGUGCAGGUGGCGCCCUCCCCGGCGCUGGCCCGGGCCGCCGCGCAAACCCCACUGCUCAGCCGCUUCCUGGGCGCAGGCGCACCCUCCCCCGCCAUCAGCCUGCGCAAUUUAGGAAGAGCGCGCGGCGCCCCCCGGACCCCACAUCUACUGCGCUUCCGGGCGGAGGAGGGCGGUGACCCCGAGACAGCGGACCCUAUAGAGGAGGAGGAGGCGGAGGAAUCAGGGGAGGAGGCCUUGGAGCCCUGACGCCGGUCCAGGACAGACGCCACCUGGCUCCCUCCAGGUGGCCCCAAGUCCCGCCCGCCAGUGCUGAGCAGCUUUUCCUUGGGUGCCUUGAGAAGCCUCUAGGGAGGACCCUUGAAAGAAGAUGCAGGGCAAGCCCUGA